AUGCCUGUCCCUUCUUUUGAGAGAUUUGCCGUCCCGGCCAGAAUCCAGCGGCUGAGCAUCUUCGCCCUCAUCACAAUCCUGAUUUUCUUCUUUUUUCCGGGCUCCUUCUUCCCGGAUGUUACAGUUCCGAACUUGCACAGAGAAUCUUACGAUUCAACGCCCUCGGAAUAUUAUCUGCAAUGGGGCCCCUUCGAACCGAUGGACAUCCCGGGCUUCGUCAACACGGGCCUGCCGGGCAAGAGAUCCUGUGACACGCUCAAGUACAACUCGACCGUGGGCGUGCAAAAGAGCUUCUUCCUCAACGACGACAUCAGGCAGAUCGCCAUGACGCUAGACUCGCACCCAAUUGUCGACUACCCCGAUGACAUGAUGAACGACCCGAGCCUCAAAGUGACGGACAUUGUCGAGCGGACGUGGGCACGGCUAUCCGGAUCGAGUGUCUGGCUGCCCGAGCACCAGGUCUACUUGUCCGUGACCCGAGUCAUCUUCUGCCCACAGCGGACGCGGUCGGUGCCCAAGAUGAGUUUCCUCCGUGGGCAACUGUUCAACGCGGACUGGGAGCACCUGGACAACUACAACCUGACCUGGGGUGGCAAGACUUUUAACUUCCCCCUGGUCUUCGACAUUCCCGCCAAUUAUGACCCGGAUGGAAGCUUGUACGGACCGGAGGAUCCUCGCAUCAUUCUCGAGGACAACGUCGAAGGCGCAGAGCCUGUGGUCAUCUUCAACAUGAUUGGUAAACCCUCGGACUGGAAGCGUGCCAUGUACAUCUUCCGACCGUUCAGCAACUACUCGAACCUCUUGACCAUCCGGGACCACGAGCGCCAAUGGACCGAGAAGAACUGGGCGCCCUUCUUCGUGCCACAAUACGAACAAGUCUCCCCUAGCAGGGUUCGUCUGCCUGGCAGUGAGCCCGCCCGUGUGCCCAACGAUUACAUCCACUUCAUCUACAGCUUCAAGCCUCUGCGGAUUCUGAAAUGCCACCUGCGGUGUGGAGACUGCGAAUUCGCAUACGAGCAAAGCGUGCCGGAGGGAUUCUUGUCCCAGCACAAGGAAGAUGGCGGUAGUCUACGUGGAGGCACCAACUUUGUGCCAGUGCCUAUCCCGGCCAGCAUGAAGGUCGAUCCCAAGGUCAAAGUGUGGGCGGCUUUCCCACGCACGAACAUUGAAGGUCACUGUGACGGCAGUUUUUACAGACCUGAGUUCGUCGUCAUGGUCAAGAUCGAAGACCAUUACCACCUGGCCUUCGCCAGCGAGUCGCUGGACUUUGGCAAUGCCAUUGUCGAGCUGGGUCCGAACGAUGAUAGGUGUGGAAACGGCCGUAUCAUGAUCCCCAACAGCAUUGCCCAAUGGGACACGAGCAACGGCCAGGACGUUAUGAGCGUCACCUUCAGCGUCAACGACGAGACAGUCCAGGUGGCCCGUGUGCAGGGACUCCUCAAGUUCGUGCACAAUCUUCCUCAAUUCAAAAACCUGUUGAGGAAAGGCGGUCCCCUCAAGGACGACAAUGCGGAGUUGAUGAAUAUGCUGUCAUCUUGGGUUGGUGAUGAUGUUCGAAGCUGCCUGGUCGAAGCGGCACUUAAUUACACGGACGCCCAGCUCGAGAUCACCCGGCCCAAGGACCACAAAGAUGACGUCGACGAGAAAAAGGAACUGCUGUAUAAGAUCCACCAGGAAGAGAAGGCUGAAGAAUUGGGAGAAGAUGGAAAGAUCAUCGAAGAAGAAAAGAAGGAAGAGGAGAAGAAAGAGGAUGAGAAGAAAGAAGAGGAGGAAAAGAAGGAUGAAGAGAAAACCGACAUUCUCGAGCCCAUCAACCUCGGUGAAACCGAGGGUAUUCCGGAUCUAGAGCAUGCUUCAGGAGCCUAUGUCGCCGACGACGAGGAGGAGGAGAAGCAGAAAGAAAAGGAAAAGCCUGUCGAGGUGAGACCCGAGGACAAGCCCAAGAAAGGCAAGACCAGUCUGAAAUCCAAAGUCAUCUUCGAGGAGGCCUUUGGUGAUCCUGAGAAGGACGACAAAAAAGACGAAAAGGAGGAUGCGGCAAGCAAAGAGAGAGAAAGCCAGAAAGAGCCUAAACGCGACAAUGAGAGCAACGACAACGAUCAGCCACCGCCGCCGAAACGAAGAAUGCGGCGGCACCAGCAACAAUAUCGUCAAAUGAGUUCUUGA